UGGGCUGGGAACUCACCUGUUUUAAUUAGCACGUGAAUGGCUGCUUGUAAAUUGGCGGUGAAUCGCUCUUGGACAGUCGGUGGAUUAGUUCAGAGAGCAUCGAGAUGACUAACCCGAGCAACUACGCCGUGGAGUCAGAGAACGUUGAGGGCCAAGAGAAGAAAGCUGUGGCGAAGAGAAGUGGAGUCGUUUCAGCCAUCUUCUGUCGGAUUUCACAGUUUUGGCCAGUCAGGUUUACUAUGCGGGCUCUCCGUGGCGUGUGGUGGCUGUUUGGGUUCUCCACACCAGUGAAGCCCGUCUCUCCAGCUCGGGAGGAAAAAAGCGGCUCCCCGAAAGAAAGGCAGUGCAGAACAGUCCGGAAGCGUCUCCACAGGGCCACGCGGCUGUUGUUGGCCAUCCUGCCCCGGCGCAUCCAGAGCGCUCUGGGUUAUCCAGUCUGCACCAGCAUUGGCUGUGCUGUGUCCCCUGAGGUGCGUUGUUCCCCUACCAAGCCUUGUGGCAAAGGCAGCAAGAGAAAACAGGAUGACCUGGAUGAGGAAGAGGAGGUAGAGCAGCAGUCCUGGGUGGAGGCGCUCAAUCAGGAGCUGGCCGAGGAAGACCACGCGGCUGAUCCGGACUAUGAGCCCAGCGCAGUUGAGACUGACAGCGAGGAAUACCGGUCACACAAUGACACUGAGAGUGACUUGGAAAUAGAGAAGGGUGUCGUGGUGAUCAAAGAUUUGGAGACGGUAGUUCCUCCUGAGGCCUAAUGAUGGCAGUGUGUACUAAUACUAGUAUGCAAAUCAAGAGUAUUGUGACAGUUGCAGAAUGUGUUUAUGUUUGUUCUCUGGCUCUUUGUUUUUCUGGCAGGCUCAUUUGAUGGCCUCCCAACUGUCUUCAGUUAAUUUUGUAUCUUUAGUGUGUGUGUUUUUUCAGUGUUAAACUACCAAAUAAAAGGAUUUGUCAUA